CUCAUGCAGGCGCUGUGAGCGCAGCGCUGUUUACGCGGAGCUCGGCUUAAUGUCGGCGGAUAAACUCGCUGUCCGCCUUUCGCUGCUCAUCGGUUUGAUCUCUGCUUCUGCUUUGUUUGUGGAGGGAAAGUUGGAGCGCUCGAGGCGUCGCGGAAACUGAAGUCCACACAGUUUACCCUUCAAAUGGAAUAUCGUCUUCACUCUCUUAUGGUCUUUUAGACCCUCUUGUGUCCCUUGUCCACUUCCUUAUGAUGCAGAUCUCUUGUUCGUAAUUGGCUGACCUGCCCCCCUUUGCCCCGCCCAUGAGUUAACCCCAGUGUUGCUGUGCGAUGCCCGUGGCUGGGCUGUGAUGGGGCAGAGGCUUUCUGCGGUGGUGAAAUCGGCAGCGGAGGAGGAGCGCGGGGAUCCGGGGGUCGCUCUGGCGUUCCGGCCGGCAUUCCUGCCUCUCCGAGGCCGCGGCCGCCCGCUGUCGCCCCGUCUGGAGCUGCUGCUGGACAUGCCUCCGGUGGGCAGAGCCAGUCAGCUCCAUCAUUCCUGGAACCCUAACGACCGCUCGCUUAAUUUAUUCAUCAAAGACGAAGACAAACUGACUUUUCAUCGCCACCCGGUGGCUCAGAGUACGGACUGCGCUCGAGGAAAAGAAGGAUUUACACGUGGCCUUCAUGCCUGGACUAUCCGCUGGCCCGUCCGUCAGCGUGGCACACAUGCAGUGAUAGGGGUCUCGACCUCUCUGGCUCCACUGCAUGCAAUAGGCUACACUGCACUAGUUGGGAGUGAUGCAGAAUCCUGGGGGUGGGAUUUGGGGCGGGGAAAACUUUACCACGACAGGAAAAGCCAGACUGGAGCAGCACCUUCGUACCCGCAGACAGAGGAGGAGGAGGAUGAUGAAGGUGUGUUCUCCGUGCCGGAGGAGGUGCUGGUGGUGUUGGACAUGGAUGAAGGGACGCUGGGAUUCUGCGCGGACGGACGCUUCCUGGGCGUGGCCUUUCGCGGGCUGAAAGGGAAGAAGCUGUACCCGAUCGUCAGCGCUGUGUGGGGUCACUGUGAGGUCACAAUGACCUACGUCAACGGACUGGACCCGGAGCCUCUGCCGCUGAUGGAGCUGUGCAGACGAGCAGCCCGGCAGGCUCUGGGCCGCCAUCGUAUUCACCACAUCCAGUCUCUGCCUUUACCACAGACACUCAAGAACUACCUGCAGUACCAGUGAUGGACUCACAGCACCAGACCCAAAACUACCUACAGCACCAGUGACCUCAAAGCGCAACAGGAGGGCUCUAUUGCAGCAGCGUGGAAGCCUUGGGCCUGUAGCCGCCACGUCCAGACCGCUCUAUCAGACAGUAGCCGCCUGGACUAGCUGGAUAAAGUACCUGCGUGCGUUUGCGUGUUUUUAAUGUGUGUUUUUUUCCUUCUCCAAAGAGCACAGCAGAAAGUAGCUUAUGAUUUUGACAUGGGUGAUAUGGACACUGUGUGUGAUCAUGAUAAAUGAAUGCGUGUCUUCCAUAGAAAUAAUCACAACUGAUUAUACACUACACGUACAGACGUAUGCAAAAGUUUGACGUUUUGUUGAUUUAAGUGAAAAUAAGUUAAUAGAUCCUCGACAGAGAACACAUUACUGUGAUUUUAAUGCACUACUGCUGUUUAAUUGCUGAACCUAAAAUAUUGGGGUAAAAAAAAUAAAACAUGAAAUUAGAGGUGGGUGGUACGGCAAAAUAUAUAUCACUAUACUUCAAGAAAUGUUCACGAUAUGUCACGAUAUUUGUUUUUAUAGACAUCUGAUCAACUGGAACAGAGAAAAAGAAACCAGUAAAGCUACAUUUUUAAAGAUACUAUCAAAAUACAGUGAUUUUUAUUCAAUAUUUGGCAUAUUAAUGCCAAUCCAGUUAAACAGGACUAAUUCUGCUCUCUUUAUAAUGAAACAUGCAGUUGGUCAGUGUUCUUGAUAGACCAAAGGCUCUCUGGAUCAUUUAAAGGGCCUCUAUCUAGACCAUUUAAAGGCCCUCUAUCUAGAACAUUUAAAGGGCCUUUAUUUGGACCGUUAAAAGGCUCUCUGGAUCAUUUAAAGGGCCUCUAUCUAGACCAUUUAAAGGGCCUCUAUCUAGACCAUGUAAAGGCCCUCUAUCUAGACCAUUUAAAUGCUCUCUGGAUCAUUUAAAGGCCCUCUAUCUAGACCAUUUAAAUGCUCUCUGGAUCAUUUAAAGGGCCUCUAUCUAGACCAUCUAAAUGCUCUCUGGAUCAUUUAAAGGGCCUCUAUCUAGACCAUUUAAAGGCCCUCUAUCUAGACCAUCUAAAUGCUCUCUGGAUCAUUUAAAGGGCCUCUAUCUAGACCAUGUAAAGGCCCUCUAUCUAGACCAUCUAAAUGCUCUCUGGAUCAUUUAAAGGGCCUUUAUCUAGACCAUGUAAAGGCCCUCUAUCUAGACCAUCUAAAUGCUCUCUGGAUCAUUUAAAGGGCCUCUAUCUAGACCAUUUAAAUGCUCUCUGGAUCAUUUAAAGGGCCUCUAU